AUGCUCAAGAAGGUCUUUGGGGUCCACAGUGCAUCAUAUGAGGCCUCGAUUGAGAGAAAACUGGGCGUGCCUCUGAGCAUCGCACUGAAGGUUCUGGCUAACCACAAGAAUCUUCGUCAGGUUGCAUGCGUCAACAACGUCAUUGCCAAAGGCUUCGGCUGUGCAUCGGGGGACAAUACUUGUCUUUGUAAGCAACAAGACUUCGUCUUCGGUGUUCGAGAUUGCGCCGCGCAGUCAUGUACGGCGGAUGAGUCUACCAAGGCCAAUGACUACGUCGCCGGACUAUGCGCAACUGCAACCAGAGAUCCUUCCGCUUCAACCCCGCCGCCAUCCACACCUGCUACACAGCAAUCAACACCAUCAACGGCCCCUUCAUCAACGACCCAGCCACCACCGCCAGCAACCACUGCUCAGGCUAGUGAAGCUGGGUCUCUGAUUCCGUCUGCUCCCCCCAGUUCAGCCCCUUUGGAAGCAACCAGUAAGCCCAUAACCGAGGUUGCACAGGCGACUCAACCCCCAGCUAUUACCCCUACAACUUUGGCCGCAGUCCUCGAUAACUACGACGUCAUCUACGCCAACUUCCCCUGGGACUCGGCCGUCACAAUCUGCUUCGGGCCCGGACGCUGGGCCUGA